CAAUUGGCGGCAGAUUCGUCGGGUCAUGGGAGCGUCCGGCGGUUCCUUCCUUCUCUCACUGAGCUCGAGCUCGAAUGCCCUCAACCUCCGCCUUCUCCCAGCUCAAGCUCAACGUACGCCUCUCUGUCUCUGUCUCUCCCUCCCUCCCUCCCUCUCUUUCUCUGCAUUCAAUGUCGGCGAGGCAAGCUUUUCAUCUUCUAGGGCUUAAGGGCCUCUCAUGGUUUCCGAGCUCCGCGGCAGCUCUAAGACGAUCACUUGGUGCCAGCUCUAUUUCUUAUCGACUAAGCUUAAUGGGGUCUAAGAGACCACUCUCUACUGUGCCAAAACCGGUUACCCCGGUGACUGAGGAGAAGAUACCGAAGAAAACGAAAAGGUCAUUGGGUAAAGUUGCAAAUUCGAGUGAGAUCCUUGUCCUGGAAAAUGGCAUUGGGAGUGGUGAUGAACUCCUGGGCAUUAAGAACGGCCUGAUGAGAGUUGAGAGUAUGACGGUUCAAGAACUCAGGGCCACUUUAAGACGAGUUGGACUCCCGGCGAAAGGGCGUAAAUCUGAUCUUAUAUCUGCCUUGAAGAGUUAUGUGGAUGACAAGACAAAUGAUGAAAGUUCUGAGGCUGUGGAAGAACAAGUUUCCUCUGUCCAUAUGGAUUGUGUAUCUGUUGCAAACAAUGGAAACGACUCGCCUGACAAUAAUUGUGCUCAAAUGACAAUUUCCACGUCCGAAAUCUCCGAACUUGAAAGAAAUAAAAGGAGAUUAAGGCAACCUGCUGGGGAUAAAGUCCAACUUGAAAGUGAAGUGAUGACAUCAGAUCAGAUGCAGUAUACUAGAACAGAUAAAUUUACUGGCAGGAAAUUCCCCCGUUCUAAGAAGAAAGUGUCCUCUGAAAUUUGUACUGAAGAAGUUGCAGCUGUUGUUAGUGUUGAUAAGACCAUCGGUCAAAAUGAACCUUGGACUAUUCUUGCUCAUAAGAAACCGCAAAAGCAUUGGAUUCCUUAUAAUCCCAGAAAGAUGAGGCCUCCAGCCCUUUCUGGGGACACAAAAUCUGUAAAGCUGAUGUCUUGGAAUGUCAAUGGCUUGAGAGCUCUGCUGAAGGUGGAGGGGUUUUCCGCACUUGAACUUGCUCAAAGGGAAAAUUUUGAUGUCUUGUGCUUGCAGGAGACCAAACUGCAGGUUUCUUUUAUUUUUUUCUGGAAACAGGAGAAAGAUGUUGAGGCAAUCAAGGAUUGUCUAAUAGAAGGUUAUGACAACAGUUUCUGGACAUGCAGCGUUUCCAAACUCGGUUAUUCUGGCUCAGCUAUCAUCUCGCGGAUAAAGCCGAUAUCGGUAAGAUAUGGUUUAGGUAUAUCAGAUCAUGAUAGUGAAGGGCGGCUUGUGACGGUGGAGUUUGACUCGUUUUAUUUGUUGAGUGGAUAUGUCCCUAAUUCAGGAGAUGGCCUAAGAAGACUGCAAUAUAGAAUAACACAAUGGGACCCAUCUCUGGGCAAUUACAUGAAAGAGCUGGAGAAGUCGAAGCCUGUGAUUUUGACUGGCGAUCUGAAUUGUGCUCACCAAGAGAUAGACAUUUAUAAUCCUGCAGGGAAUAAGAGAAGUGCUGGAUUUACCAUCGAAGAAAGGCAGUCUUUUGAGGCUAACUUUCUGUCGAAAGGAUUUGUGGAUACCUUCAGAAAGCAACAUCCUGAUGUUGUUGGGUAUACUUAUUGGGGAUACCGGCAUGGAGGGAGAAAAACGAAUAAGGGGUGGAGACUUGACUACUUCCUCGUGUCAGAAUCCAUAGCAGACAAUGUUCAUGACUCAUUCAUCCUUCCUGAUGUUACCGGGAGUGAUCACAGUCCAAUUGGUCUCAUCCUGAAGCUCUAGUUCCGGAGGCUUACUACCUCACAGUAUGGCCCCUUGAGCAAUCCACGAAAAGGGGCAGCUUCCUGUUUUUCUUUCCUCCAAUAUUGAGGUCCCGGAGAAGGGAAAAUUUUCUUUGGCAUGACCUUACUGAUACUCUUUCUGAGAUGAUGCAGCAAAGAUUGCACGCAUGGAGUGAUGAGGUUGAGUUUGUACUGCUUGUGCAAAAUGUUUGCUCAUCAUCAACUGUCAAGUAAAUGGAUCCUGCCUUGUAAAUUUGCCUUUAGAAGCUGCAGCUUUUUCUAUUUUCCUGCAGCAAGGUUUUUCGUAUUUGUAGGAAUUAGCCAAGCAUCAAGCGUGGUGCUGCCUUUGUUCACUGAUGGAAAAGGAGUAAUCAUCAGUCAGAUUUCUUUUCCCAGCCACUCUUUCGGGCCAUCAGUAACAUCUUGUCCAAGAAUUUUGCAAGAUACUUCUAUCUUUCCAUUCAUUCGUAAGAACUGCAGUGUUGGUGUAUUUCUUGAAUGUUCGAAGCUUCUCUUUGUAUUAUAAGGGACCUGGAACUGCAAGAACAAUGGAUUGAGAGAAAUUUGCCAAAGAUGAUAAAUUGGCCUAUAAA